UCCGCAAUCUACACAGCACCAGCCAUACUCUUCCUAGCAGCUCAGGCAGCCAUUCCCUUCGGACCAGCGUCAACACACUGAGCAAUCCAUACAUCACACACACAGCGCCAGAGGUAGCAAUGGGGAGGUCUCCGUGCUGCGAGAAGACGGGACUCAAGAGGGGCCCGUGGACGGCGGAGGAGGACAUGACCCUGGUGGCUCACAUCGAGCAGCACGGGCACAGCAACUGGCGGGCGCUGCCCAAGCAGGCCGGCCUGCUGCGAUGCGGCAAGAGCUGCCGCCUCCGGUGGAUCAACUACCUGCGCCCCGACAUCAAGCGCGGCAACUUCACCAGCGAGGAGGAAGACGCCAUCAUCCAGCUCCACGCCAUGCUCGGCAACAGAUGGUCCACCAUUGCCGCCAGGCUGCCUGGGAGGACGGACAACGAGAUCAAGAACGUCUGGCACACACACCUCAAGAAGCGACUCGAGUCGUCCUCCAAGCCGUCCGGCCAGGCAGCGCCUAAGCGCAACGCCAAGAAGCCUGUGGCUGUAGCGAGCACAGCCGAUGGCCCGGCCUCCGUGCCAGUGUUGUCACCGGAGCAGCCCAUCUCGUCGUCCGCCACCGAUUCCUCGAUGCCAUCGUCGUUGGAGAACACGGACAGCUUUACAUCGGAGGAGUUUCAGAUUGAAGACAGUUUUUGGUCGGAAACACUGGCAAUGACGGUGGACAGCUCCGAUUCCGCCAUGGAGGCCGGCGUCACCCCAAACAGUGCAUCGCCGUCGUCCAGCAACGACGAGAUGGACUUCUGGGUCAGACUGUUCAUGCAAGCUGGUGAAGUGCAGAGUUUGUCUCAGAUUUAGGCAGAGGAUAUCGGCUCCUCGGCUAGUUUCUUGUUCAUUUCUUGUCUUGGCAUAUACUACUUCGUUCUGAUCAUUUGGUGGGUGUAUACCUGUAAAACGGAAGAGCUUGGGAAGGGAAAAAUAAUCGUUCAUAGCGGUGUUCAUCCAGCAAAAAAUGUGUCACGGCACUAGUGUUGCAAACUUCUUUGUUGUAUGCCUACAAGAAUUGGCGUCCAAUUGAUACCCUUUUGUUUUGGAAAAAUAUGUCUUUGAUUGCUUUGUGAUACUAACAUUUUAGAAGCUAUUGCUCGUCACCGUGGAGGGGUGAAGUUGUAGGUGUGCUUUCCCCAGUGACCGGCAAAACCAGAGUCUCGGAGAUGCGAGACAGUCCGGUCGUCCGUUAGGUAAGCUGGAGGUUGUCCAGGUGAAGUUUUUGUCAAAGUCACUAAGUAGGGAACAACGGAGUAGUGUCAUUGAGUUUGUGUUUGUGGCUACCUCGACUAGAAGUGUCUUGUUUUAGGGUGCAAAAUGUUCCAUGACGAUCGGGUGGACUUAUUGUAAUUGUGUAUUUAUUAUUUAUUUUUGCUUGUUUAACAUAACUAACUCAAAAUAA